AUGUAUCUGCUUGCUGUUCUUUGCAUGUUGGUCACUUUUCUAGCAAAUGUUUCUUCUUUUUGCCCUUCCCAGUGCACCUGUAUUUACCACGGCAGAAGUGAUGGCAGUGGCACGAGGUCUGUAGUGUGCAAUGACCCGGAUAUGUCUGAAAUUCCUGUCAAUGUUCCAGUGGACACCGUCAAACUUUGUGUUGAAAAAACUGUUGUUAGACAGCUCCCACGUGAAGCAUUUUAUUACCUUGUGGAUUUAAAGUAUCUCUGGCUAACAUACAAUGCCAUCAGCACCAUAAACCCUCGCAGCUUUUACAAUUUAAAACAAGUACAUGAAUUGCGUUUGGAUGGAAACACGCUAUCAAGCUUUCCUUGGGAUUCGCUACAGGAAAUGCCACAUCUUCGAACAUUUUACUUGCACAAUAACAGGCUGGCAACUAUUCCUGCUGAGGCAGCUCGAUACCUCAAAAACAUCACCCACCUAGAUAUAUCGAGCAACAAACUAACCACACUGCCGUCUGACCUGCUGGACCUCUGGCCUGCUUACUCAAGGAACACAAUGUUCAGAGUCAUCCUAGCUUUGCAAGACAACCCUUGGUACUGUGACUGCAGGAUUUCCAAGAUAAUUGAACUCUCUAAGUUAGAAGAAACUUGGGUUGUCCUUCUGGAUCCAUUGAUUACGUGCAGUGGUCCGGAAAAUAUAGCAGGCGUUUACUUCCAUAAAGUUGAACUUGAACAGUGCCUCAAGCCAUCGAUAAUGACCUCCGCAACUAAAAUCACAUCACCACUUGGAAGUAAUGUUUUGCUGCGCUGUGAUUCAACAGGAUUUCCAACCCCAAAUCUUGUAUGGUUCAGGACAGAUGUCUUGCCAGUAAAUUAUACCGUCAUCCAAGAAUCACGCGAUGGUAUCCGAUGGUCCAUAAUAAGUUUGACAGGCGUUUCAUACAAGGAUGCUGGAGAAUACAGAUGUAAAGCUAAAAAUUUAGCAGGAACAUCAGAAGCUGCCAUCACACUCACUGUUGUGGGAACUGUAACAACCACAGUUCCUCCCCAGAGAAAAGAUUUUUUAUGGAGGCUUACUACAGAACAAAACAAUUUAACACAGGUGAAACUUGAACAACACACUACAAUUGUGACAGCCAGUGCACCACUUAGCAUCUCCACUACAGUGGCACCUAAAAAACAAGACGACCAAGCUGAGCCUGUUGGAAAUGAAACGAAAAGUACAAAGGAACAUACAUUGGCGAAUUCAAGCCCAAAAACUUCACACGUGAACGAGAGCAAGAAAGUUAGAGGCCCACUGUUGAACACAACAUCUGUACAAAGUGUUUCUAUUAAGAAUCUGAGAGUUAUUAGUGAGACAGAUCAGAAAGUACUUGUAACUUGGAAAACUUCUAACUACAAAAGUGGCCCUGCCUUAAAUUUACUUUACUCGAAGUACGGUGAGAAAACGAUGCAGAAAAUUAAUAUCGACUCUGGAGAAAGCAAAGUCUCCAUAGACAGGUUGACACCAAACACAAAAUAUAUGGCAUGUAUAUGCCCAAAGGGAAUGAAACCUAAAAAGGAGCAAUGUGUGGUUUUCUCAACUGAACAAGAAAACAACACUAAGAGUUACCAAACCCUCUUGAACAUUGUUGUUAUUUGUAUAGGAUGUGCUGUCACAUUGCCAAUUCUCUUCAUGGUUGUCUAUGUAGUUGUGAAAGCACAGUGCAAGAGAAAACGGACAGGAGAACACGAGCUAAUUAAAGAGUCUUACAUAAAAUUUGAAACACUGUCCCUCAAACCACCCACAGAUGGGACGGGAAAUGCUCUGUGGGCUCGGCGGGACAUCAGUGAUUCACAAAACCUGCUUCUGUGCUCAAGGUCCAGCAUAGAUUCACAGAUGACCUGCAAAAGUGACAGCUGUCGUUCGGAGUACUUCUGCUAA